ACUGUCAGCCUUCGCACGCGGAACACUGAGCUCAGUCUCGCUCCCUCUCGCACCCCUCUCGGUAGGCAGCUCAGGCAGAGUAGAGUAGACACCCCCGUGGAGUUAACUGGCUACUUUCGGUGCCCACGGACAGGCCAGGUCUCCCCGUGAAUAGUUCAGACUACUCCCGGUGCAUACGGACAGGACAGGUCUAGGCUACACUCUCUCCCUCGCCAAAAGGAGCGCGCGCUGUGCUCGCUGCGGACCUGCCCGCCUAUAUUUGCACUCUGCUCUCCUGCCGUCCAAGAGGUCUCUCUCCCGGUGCCUAACGGACAGGACAGGUCUCUCCCGGUGCCAGCUUGGCUGCCUCCCGCCUCCCGUGAGUUUCAAACUGGAUUCCCGUAGCUCCUCGCCAUGCCCGGCGGGUUAUAACUUCUCCAUGGAGCAGCAGAACCUCUACGAGGUCGCGCCCGCGCACCACCGACCACUACCGAUCAUCACCCCGAGCCAGCCCGCCGGCCAGCCAGCCUUCUACUACAAGGAGCCCGCGCCCUCCUCCGUCACCAACGGGCACGGACACGGACACGGGCACGGAGACCUCACGGAGAUCUACGAGAACGAGAACUCCAUCGACAUCACCGCCUACAUCGACCCCGCCGCCUUUAACGACGAGUUCCUCGCGGACUUGUUCCACAACAACACGCACAAACUACAACAGACCCAACAAGAGAAACUCAAGCUGGCGUCUAACGGGGAGUACGGGGAGUACCAGGGCGCGCCCCAGGGCUCCGUACCUCAGGGCUACGGCUGCAUGCCUGGUGGUUACAUGGACUCCUCCAACUCCAAGCUCGAGCCCAUCUACGGUGACAACCGCAUGAGACCCCUCGCGAUCAAGCAGGAGCCGCAAGAAGAAGACGGUCACGGUCACGGGGACCUGGGUGGUCACGCGAUGCCCCCGACGUACCACCACCACCCCCCUCACCCCCACCUGCACCCGCAGCACAUGCCCCAUCUGGAGUACCAGAUCGCCCACUGCGCCCAGACCAGCAUGCACCUGCAGGCCUCCGGGCACCCGACACCCCCACCGACCCCCGUACCCAGCCCGCGCGCACUUACUCCCGGUAACGGGAUGAAGAUGAUGGGCGACCACCACCAUCACCGGGGAAAGUCCGGCAAGAAGAACGUGGACAAGAGCAGCAUGGAGUACCGACUGAGGCGCGAGAGGAACAACAUCGCCGUGAGGAAGAGUCGCGACAAGGCCAAGAUGCGGAACGUGGAGACGCAGCACAAGGUGCUCGAGCUGUCCACGGACAACGACAGGCUGCGGAAGCGCGUGGAGCACCUCACGCGGGAGCUGGAGACGCUACGAGGGAUCUUCAGGCAGCUGCCGGACGGCUCGUUCGUCAAGUCCAUGGGCAGCUGUCCGUAGGGAAACGGGGAAUGAACGAGGGGACUUUGGACUUUGGUGGACUAGUCUAAUCGCGCGGGCGGUCGUUCGGUCGGUCGGUGGCAAACGGACGGCUGGAUAAUGCACGCGCCCCGGGCACGGCCGACCGACCUUUAACCCGCCUGAACUCAACGGUGUGUUCUAAAAGCUCGGCAGCUGUGUGUGUGUGUGUGUGUGUGUGUGUGUGUGUGUGUGUGUGUGUGUGUGUGUGUGUGUGUGUGUGUGUGUGCCUUUUGUACAAAAACGAUAAGCUGAUUGAAUCCCACGCCUUUACAGUGGAGUUAUUAUUGUGUUAGUGUGUGCUGCGCCGUGUCAGAAUGUUGUACUGCCAGCUAUACUGCGAACAUUAAGGUACUGUGCCGAAGCAGGACACACACACACUCUCUCUCUCUCUCUCUCUCUCUCUCUCUCUCUCUCUCUCUCUCUCUCACUCUCACUCACUCUCUCUCUCUCUCUCUCUCUCUCUCUCUCUCUCUCUCUCUCUCUCUCUCUCUCUCUCUCUCUCACGGUGCGAGUGCUAGCCUAUCUCACGAUUAUCUCGUGUGUGUGUGUGUCCAAGUUUUUUGUCUCAAUUUUUGUCGUCUGUGCGUGUAUGUGCUCCUGCGCAGUCCACCGUCUCGUCUCCACUUGUAAUGCUGGACGCGUAGACACGCGCAGAGACGUUAGCGAGCGAAGAGACGUGGGCCAAGAGGCGCGUGCGUGCGCGCUUUCUCGCCUCCUCCACCCUUUACUGCGGAAGGUGGAAGAAGGUGCUGGUUUCUUCUUAUGCCAGCGAACAUCUUGCCAUGUACAAAGUGCUGAACGACAAUUCAAAACAGAGACUAUGUGUAUGCAGAGAGACAAUAAUAUGAAAACCAAGAGACUGUAUACGCUGAAAGAAAAAGAGGUUGGUUAUUCCUGUCAUGGGUUCAUAGACUUCUGAAUGACAUCCAAUACUCCACCUACCUUGUCUGAAAGGAGAGUGUUUUGGAUAUAAUUCAGAAGUCUAUUUUAAAAAAGAGACUGUGUGUGUUUGUUGAGAGGUGUGUAAAGAGAGGCUGUCGGCAGAGUUUGGUGUCGGGCGGCGGGUGGGGCUACCGAAGUCAGCAGGCAUGCGCACAGGCUCGGGAGGAGAAGUCUGCACUCUGAAAUGAAUGCACUAGCAGGCAAGGAAGACCAAAUCGAAGUUGGACACUUUUAGACAGCAAUGGACCUAUGGGUUACUGAUCCACAAGCAAGUGUCCCCUGUGUGUGUGUGUGUGUGUGUGUGUGUGUGUGUGUGUGUGUGUGUGUGUGUGUGUGUGUGUGUGUGUGUGUGUGUGUGUGUGUGUGUUUAUAUUUGUGGCCGCUCCUGUGCCGAAUCAUUGGCAUCCAAAUGUGAAGGAGUGUGUGUGUGUGUGUGUGUGUGCAUGUGUGUGACAGGUGUGUGUGUGCAUGUGUGUGUUUGCGAGACAUGUAUGUUUCUGGCAUGUGUGUGUGUGUGUGUGUUGCCUCUUUCUGCCCUCAUUGUGCGGCGGUGAAAGCCUCAUCUCCUCAUCUCCUCAUCUCACCAGAUCUGUAUUUUUGUAAGAGACACCGAGUGCCUUGUCAGUCUGUCUGUCUGUCUGUCUGUCUGUCUGUCUGCCUGUCUAUCUGUCUGUCUGUCUGUCUGUCUGUCUGCCUGUCUAUCUGUCUGUCAGUCUGUCACCCCACCUCUCCUUCUCUCCUGUCACUGUCCCCAUCUCCUCAUCAGUGUCUCCAGAAACCAUCUCUCUCUCUCUCUCUCUCUCUCUCUCUCUCUCUCUCUCUCUCUCUCUCUCUCUCUGUA